GGGAUGGCAGAAAUGAGGAACCGAAAUCAGAAGCAAAUCAUCUGGGGAACAAAAAAAUCAUCUGGAUUUUAAACCGGUCUGUACUCGUUUAAAUCGGUAAGUUUUCUUCACGACUUUGACCAAAGUUACAGUUUGCAUGUUCAUGGCGGAAGCGGCAAGUGGCAGCGCAGCUAUUAAUCGACGUGGUGGUGUUUAAUUUGUGUUCAUUAAACACCGAGCCUGUGUUUACAAACUGCACUUUUGUGGCGCACAAACCGUGUGGGCGAGCAAGUGGGAGAUUCAUUCAGCAAUCAGAGCUCUGUCGUAUCUGUGUUUUCCACCGAUGGAGGAGUGGAAAAUGAGCAUCGCCACUCUGAGUGAACAAGUCCUGAACAGGCUGUCAGCGAUGAUGGACAACUCCAGCUGCGGAUGGAGGCAGCUGGCCGGUGCGGUGUCCGAGCAGCCGAGGUUCCGCUGCAGCGAGAGCGAGCUGACCAGCUGCUCACUCCAGGUGCUGAGCGCUACAGGCAGCCCUGGACGCACCCUCCUCGCUCGGCUCGCUGAUCGUUCCUGCUCCCUGGACUUCCUGCUCCACUGCCUGAGGAAGAUGGGCCACCAGGAAGCUGUGCAGUAUCUCACCACCACAGUGGCAGAGCUGAUCCAGAUCACAGUGCAGCCACAGACCCAGCAGGCCACCGUGGGGAGUCAGGUGGUGUUGACCUGCAGAGCCACUGGCCCCCCUGGACUCAGCUACCAGUGGUUCAGAGGCAAAGAGGAGAUUUUGGACGAGACAGGGAGUACACCAGAGCUGGUUCUGUGUCCUUUAGUCCCAGCCCACCAGGGUCACUACAUCUGCAGGGUCCACCAUGGAGAAAACUGUGUCUUCUCCGAGUGGGCUCAAGUUCGCUUUGUGCAGUCUGCCGGUCCCAGUACAGGUUGCAGUAGCAGUCUGUUUCCAGGGUCCGUGAGCGGGCUACAAAUCAUCCAGCAGCCUCAGUCUCAGGCUGUGUCUGAGGGCGACACUCUGUUCCUGGAGUGCAAUGCAGAGGCCAACCCUCCUGCACAGUAUGAGUGGUACCACAACACAGAGCCAAUGACACAACAAAAGACACGUUCACUCAAGAUUCCAUGUGUGACCACAGCACACAGAGGACAGUACAAAUGCAAAAUAUUUAACUUGUAUCACGAGGCGUGGAGUGACACAGCAACAGUCACGAUUGGCCCCAGUUCCAUCACUGACUCCUCCUGGGUAGAAGUUGAUCGUGGCCUAGACUCACAGGAAGUCCAAAGGUCAAGCUACAGCCCAGGAAUAAAUCCCCUACAACAGAUAGCCAAUCCACCUCCAUCAGCCAGGCAAUUCUAUGCCACAGACAAAGUUGCUCUCCUAAUUGGCAACAUGAACUACGUCUACCACACUCAGCUGAGUGCUCCCAUCGCUGAUGUCCACGAGUUGACCAACCUGCUCAGACAAAUGGACUUCAAGGUGGUUUCCCUGCUCGACCUCAACUGGCAGGAGAUGCACAGCGCUGUCACAGAGUUCCUCCUGCUGCUCGACAAGGGAGUCUAUGGCUUGCUAUACUUUGCUGGUCAUGGUUAUGAGAAUUACGGCAAUAGUUUCAUGGUUCCCAUCGAUGCACCGGCCUCCUAUACCUCAGAGCACUGUUUGUGUGUGCAGAAUAUACUCACCAGGAUGCAGGAGAAAGAGACUGGACUUAAUGUAUUUCUGCUGGACAUGUGCCGCAAAAGAAACUUAUACGAUGAUGUCAUAGUACAACCAGGACUGCUCAAGGUGACAGCAAACAUAGUGUUUGGAUAUGCCACAUGCGUCGACGCUGAAGCAUAUGAAGUGAAGAGGGAAGAUGUGUCGAACGGCAUCUUCAUAAGCUUCCUGAAACGGCGAGUUUGUGAAGAUGAGAAGGUGACAGUCAUGCUGGACAGAGUGGCUGAAGACAUGGGCCGCUGUGAGAUCACACGAGGAAGGCAGGCUCUGGAGCUCCGCAGUAAUCUGUCUGAACGACGUUCCCUCACCGACCAGAUUCAGACAUCUGAAUGUUCUGCAUCCCAUUCAGCUCGAAACCUGCAGUGGGCUGUUGCUCACGUUCUGCCAAAGAGCCACUGGCUGCAUUUUGACUGCGGGGUGAAGGUUCAGCUCGGGUUUGCUGCGGAGUUCUCCAACGUCAUGGUCAUCUACACUCGGAUAGUCGAGAAACCCAAAGAAAUAGUUUCCUGCUGUGCUCAGCUUACUGACUUCUCUGAGGAUGUGGACAUCGAUCUGAAGAAGAGUAACCAGGAGACUCUGCUUGAGGCCGGCAGUUUGUUAUUGAUCAAGGAAAAUCUUCCUUCCCCGGAGGUCCCGAGUCUGUACACACGCAUCCGAUGCCUGCAGAGACUCAAGAGGGAGCUCACAUUCACCGUCUGCCUUCAUUACACUUAUUCUAACAUGGAUGAGGAAGUACAGGAAAGGAAACCAGUGACAGUUGGUAAACCGUUGGUCUCCAAACUCAACCUGCACGAGCCACGACCACCUCGCGCCUGCUCCGCAUCCUCCUCCUUCAGCUUCGACUCCCUCGACGUGCCUGAGUGCUCUUCCUUUACUGAGGCUUUUGCCUCCGCUGGUUCAGCCUUAGAUACACUGACGUAUCGCGCCCAAACUGCCAGAGCAUCCUCCGUCAUUGACUCUCCGAAUUCAUCCAGGAGUGCCAAUAUUCCAGAGGAGAUUGACAGUCCUGAAUUAUAUGAUGCACCUAAACCUCUUGUUGCCUGCAAAAGCUUGCCCCACAGCCAAGUAAAUGAGACAACCUACAAAUUUAGUGACAUGUACAACUUUCAUUCUCACUAAUCAUCAUGAAACCAAUGAUUAAACCAACAAACUCAUCAGCAUCAGCUGUACAAAAUGAACACAAAAGGUGAAAAGAUAAGAAAAAGCUUGUGAAUUUUCAGGAAAAUCGACCCAAAACUCAGAUCACUGUAUGUGGCCAGUUUAGCUGUUAUCUUUGUUUUAUCUAUGCAUUAAGAUUUUGUAAUGUUAUAUAAAGAUUUCUAUAAAAAAAUUGAUACAUGUUAAAGCACUGAAAAAGUAAAGAUAAUGCACAUUGAGUUCAGUAUGUGUUCUGAUUCUAAGAAAGCGGAAAUAAAACAUAUCG